AUGAAGUUUGGUCGGUGUGCAUUGGACCCAUUUCUUUUACAAAUGAACCGAACCGCAUUUGCGGUUGCGGUUGCGGUAUUUGAUUUUCAAAACUUGCGGUUACCGCAAACCGCAAAGUAUAGCCGCACGGAUGAUGAGGUUGAAUUCUACAAGGAAAUAGAACAUAUGACAACUUAUAACAUUGGUGCUCAAACAACAAAACGAGGUUCUUCAAAUCCACUCACCACCAACACUUUAGUUGUGAAUGCUUGA